AUGGGCAAACGCAUCAUCGUGACCGGCGGCUCCGGAAAAGCAGGUCAAUAUGUGAUCGAUUAUCUCCUUGACCAAGGCCACCAAGUCUUAAAUCUAGACUUGACCCCUCUCCCCGCGCCGUUCUCAGACCGCGUGCACACGAUACGAGUCGACUUAGCGGACAGUGGCCAAGUGUACAGCGCAUUUACAUCGCAUUUCAAAUUGACCGAACCAUUCCGUGAGCCACUAGACUUGCUUCCUGAUGCAUUAAUUCACCUAGCUGGGUACUCGCGAAACAUGAUUGUUCCCGACAACGAGACAUUUCGGGGAAAUGCCCUGUCCACCUACAAUGUCAUCGAAGCUGCCUGCAGACUAGGGAUCAAGAAGAUAGUCACUGCUAGUUCAGUGACUGUCUAUGGCGUCAGCUAUGCCGAAGGAGAUGUCGAUUAUCCCUCGUUCCCUGUCCACGAAGAAGUCGACACACACCCCAUGGACACAUACGCCAUUUCGAAAGUAUGCGGAGAACGCAUCGCUCGUGGCUUUGCCCGUCGUUUUGGAACCGAUAUCUACGUCCUCAGGAUCGGUCCCGUUGUUGCGCCACAUGAAUACAAAGGUACUGUAUUCGACUCUUACAUCAAAACACCUGAGAAAUGGGCUGCCCAUGGAUGGGGCUAUACCGAUGCUCGGGAUCUAGGGCAGAUGUGUGAUCUAGCGGUUCAAAAAGACGGAUUGAAGUUCCAGAUUUUCAAUGCUGUCAAUGAUGAGAUUACGAAUUAUACGCCUUCUGCGGCUGGGUUUUUGGCGAGAGUGUGUCCUGAUGUGCCUCAUACAAGGGAAAUGGAUGCGAGGGAGACGCCGUGCACGAACAAGAAGAUGAAGGAGGUGUUAGGAUUUCGUCAGAAUCACCCUUGGCAAACCUAUUACGAAACUUAA